GGGGAAAGUAGUUGACUAUGGAGAUAUUUCUUACGCUUUUGUUGGUGCUAGGCGUCAUUCAUCUUGUUCAAGCACAGAACGAACAAGGGUUUAUUAAUUUGGACUGCGGACUACCUGCCAGUGAACCGUCUCCUUACCGUCAGACUGAAACUGGAUUGGAGUUCUAUUCGGACGCAAAGUUCAUCCAAAGCGGAGAAAUCGCUACAAUCCAAUCCCAAACAAAUCUACGGAAUAUUUUGAAGCCAUACACGACGCUGAGAUAUUUUCCACAAGGAACACGGAACUGCUACAAUCUACUGAUCGAGAAGGGAAGGAAGUAUUUGAUCAAGGCUUGGUUUAGAUACGGAAAUUAUGAUGGUCAUGACAUUAAACCCAAGUUUGGUCUGUAUCUUGGACCAAAUCUAUGGACCACGGUGGAUAUGAACCUAGUGAACAAUAGUACAAAUGAAGAGAUCUUACACGUCCCAACAUCGGACUCGCUGCAGGUUUGUCUUGUUAAGAACGGGGCAACUACACCGUUCAUAUCCUCUUUGGAAUUACGGCCGUUGGGAAACCAUUCUUAUAUCACUCAGUUGGGUUCUCUCAAGCUUAUCAGUCGAAGAUAUUAUACCACGUCAGAUGACAACAUAAGGUACCCGGGCGAUGCCUAUGAUCGGCAAUGGUUUCCGCGUUCUCUGUCGUGGUUGACCCACAUCUCCACCACUAGAGAUGUCUCGAAUGGUGGAAUUUACAAUCUACCAAAAGCCGUGAGACAAAAUGCUGCCAUGCCGACUAAUGCUAGUGCACCAUUGACGAUUGAGUGGACUCCAGAAAAUCCUAAUGACCAAUUUUACGUGUAUUUACACUUUGCAGAGAUCCAAGACUUGCAGGCCAAUGAAACCAGGGAAUUUGACGUGUUCUUGGAUGGAAAUACGUUUGCUGACCUGGUAACUCCUAAAAAGUUUGAAAUAACAACUAUCGAAAGUCAUUACCCGAGGACGUGUGAAGGAGAGAAAUGCAGUUUGCAACUGACAAGAACCCAGAGAUCUACUCUCCCACCUCUACUUAACGCUUAUGAAAUCUAUAGAGUCAUCCAGUUUAUGCAGCCCGAAACAAUUGAAACUGAAGUGGUGGCUUUAAAAAAUGUCCAAGACACCUAUAAAUUGAUUAGAAUCAACUGGCAAGGUGAUCCAUGUGUCCCUCAACACCUUAUGUGGGAUGGUUUAGCCUGCAGUAACACAACUAUCUCCAGACCACCAAGAGUUACCUCUUUAAACUUGUCUUCUAUUGGCUUAACUGGAACCAUAGCAGCUGCCAUCCAAAACCUUACACAGCUUGAAACACUGGACUUGUCGAAUAAUAAGUUGACUGGAGAGGUGCCGGAAUUUCUAGGCAACAUAAAACCGUUGUUGUUAAUAAACUUAAGCGGGAACGAUCUCAAUGGUUCGAUACCUCAAUCACUUCAGAGUAAAGGCAUAGAGCUACUUCUCCAUGGAAACCCAAGGCUUUGUCAGACAAAAUCAUGCACAAAACCACAAAGCAAGGACUUUCCGGUGGUAAUUGUUGCAACUGUGGCUUCUGUGAUCAUUCUCAUUGCCGUUUUGGGUCUUGUUUUUCUUCUUGUUCUCAGAAAGAAAAAUCAAUACACUACUAUGCAAGCUCAACAAUUGCCACCAAGUAUGCCGGCGGCAAUGGUGAACAUUGCAAAUGCUAAUUCACACGAACCGUUAAACGAGAUUAAAAGGAGAAUGUUUACAUAUUCAGAGGUCAUUAAAAUGACAAAUAACUUCCAAAACAAUUUGGGUAAAGGAGGGUUUGGCAUGGUGUAUCAUGGUUUUGUAAAUAGUUCUAGACAAGUGGCCGUUAAAGUACUCUCCCAAUUUUCAAGUCAAGGCUAUAAAGAAUUUAAAGCAGAGGUUGAUCUUCUUCUGAGAGUGCACCAUACAAAUUUGGUGACCCUUGUCGGGUAUUGCUAUGAAGAAGAUCACUUGGCUCUCAUCUAUGAGUUUUUGCCCAAUGGGGACUUAAAACAACAUUUGACCGGAAAAGGAGGUCGACCCAUCAUGAACUGGAGUAUUCGACUAAGAAUAGCUUUGGAGGCAGCAUUAGGAUUGGAGUACUUACAUAUUGGAUGCACACCUCCCAUGGUUCAUAGAGAUGUCAAAACUGCCAACAUAUUGUUAGAUGAAAAUUUCAAGGCCAAGCUCGCUGAUUUUGGGCUCUCAAGAUCUUUCCAAGGUGGAAUCCAGUCUCAUGAUUCCACGGCAGUUGCUGGUACUCUUGGAUACCUAGAUCCUGAAUAUAACCAGUCAGGUCGAUUGGGUGAGAAAAGUGAUGUCUACAGUUUUGGAAUAGUGUUGUUGGAGAUGAUCACAAACCAACCUGUGAUUAAUCAGACGUCUGAAAAUUCUCAUAUAACAAAAUGGGUGAGCUCUAAGCUUAUCUGUGGUAAUAUUAUUGAGAUUAUGGAUCCAACCCUUCGCAAGGAUUACGACUCUAAUUCUGCAUGGAGAGCUGUUGAGCUGGCAAUGUCAUGUGCAAAUCCUUCUUACUCAAAACGACCAUCCAUGUCUCAGGUGAUUAACGAGCUAAAAGAGUGUAUCAUGUGUGAAAACUCAAGGUUAAGUAAUAAUCAAGGCUUGGAAUCUCAAGCAAUACGCAUUGGCUUGGACUCUUCGGUGGUUCCUAAGGCAAGAUAGUUUUCGAGUGUUUGUCUACUUGUGGUACUAAUAAAGAAAGCAAUAAAUAUAUAAUUAGUUACAUUUUCAGGAUAUUUUGUAAACUAGUCUGAAAUUUUUAUUUUGCUUUGGUCGUUGACAUGUCCAGAUCAUAUUAUCUGUUAUUUUGGUAAUUUUUGGGUUCUUCAUAUGUGCAUGAGUACGACGAACAGGUCAUAUUGCUUUAACCAUCGGCAUUUCAAAG